AAUUUUUUCCGUAAGAAAUGUACAUAAAUAAAUAAAUAAAUUUUAAAAUUGAAAUUUAAAAAAAAAAUAGUUGAUUACACAUAAAUUUCCUUGGUGAAUAAAUAAUGAUGAUACUAAUAUUUUAUUAUUAUAAUCACAAAUAAAAUCAUAAAAUCUAUAAAGAUAUUUCGACAGGACAAGAAAGAAGGGAAGCCGGCGCAACUAUUAGGACCUAGGAGCGGCCGUUCCCCCUUCUGAGAACCAAAAACUGCAACAGCAAAGCCUUCCCUUGAGUAGUCUCCAUUAGUACCAGCAGUUUUGAGGUAAGCCAAAGCGAUCUCCUUUACAUCUCUUAUUUACAAGUAUCAAAAUUUUUUUACCGGUAAAUCAAUAUCUUCAAUUUCAUUUAACAAGAUUUGAUCUUUGAUAUGAACUCAUCAGCUCUUCUCAAAAGGCAAAAGCUCUUAAAAAUCCUCAAAAACUCUUUUGUUUUCCAUCAAAGUUGCCCAAAACACAGAACCCUCCAAAACCCAUGUGCUCAGGUACAAAACCCUUUAAGGGUUUUAUGGGUUUCUCAGUACUCAUCUCAAUCCACCAAGUUCCCUGAGUACGAAAUGCCCUCUGUCACUUGGAGUGUUGUUCAAGGGAAAAAAGAGAAGCUGGUUAACCGUGUCAAAAUAUGUGAUUAUCUUAAAACCUUAGGAAUAAUCCCCGAUGAAUUAGAGAAUCUAGAAUUACCCUCUACUGUUGAGGUUAUGUCUGGGCGUGUUGAGUUCUUACAGAGACUUGGAUUAACUGUUGAUGAUAUCAACGAAUACCCUUUAAUGCUUGGUUGUAGUGUGCGUAAAAACAUGAUACCUGUCUUAGGUUACUUGGAAAAAAUUGGAAUUCCUAAGUCGAAACUAGGCGAGUUUGUUAAGAAUUAUCCGCAAGUGUUGCAGGCAAGUGUGGUUGUUGAGCUUGCUCCUGUUAUUAAGUUUCUUAGGGGCCUUGAUGUGGAGAAGCAGGAUAUUGGAUAUGUUCUACAGAAGUACCCGGAGUUGUUGGGGUUUAAGCUUGAAGGGACAAUGAGUACUUCGGUUGCUUACUUAGUGAGCAUUGGAGUUAGUCCUAGAGAUAUUGGGCCUAUGGUGACGCAAUAUCCAUAUUUUCUAGGGAUGAGAGUUGGGACUGUGAUUAAGCCGCUUGUGGAUUACUUGGUUUCUUUGGGAUUGCCGAAGAAGAUUUUGGCUAGAAUGUUGGAGAAACGGGCAUACACACUUGGUUAUGAUCUUGAAGAAACUGUUAAGCCUAAUGUUGAUUGCUUGAUUAGUUUUGGAAUAAGGAGGGAAGCAAUUGCUUCGGUUAUAGUGCAGUAUCCGCAAAUUCUGGGGUUACCUUUGAAAGCUAAGUUGUCUACACUACAGUAUUUCUUUAAUUUGAAGCUCAAGAUUGAUCCAGAUGGGUUUGCUCGUGUUAUUGAGAAGAUGCCACAGAUUGCUAGCCUCAAUCAAAAUGUGCUUAAGAAGCCUAUAGAGUUUCUUGUGGGGCGGGGACUGCCAUUAGAUGAUGUAGCAAAGAUGUUUGUGAAAUGUCCCCAAUUGGUUGCACUACGAAUUGAGCUCAUGAAGAAAAGCUAUUAUUACUUCAAAAGUGAGAUGGGGAGGCCAGUGAAAGAGCUCGUGGAGUUUCCAGAGUACUUUACGUACAGCUUUGAAUCUAGGAUUAAACCUAGGUACCUUAAGUUACAAAGCAAGGGAAUCCGGUGUUCAUUGAAUUGGUUCUUAAACUGUAGUGACCAGAGAUUUGAAGAGAGAUUGCAGGGUGAUUAUAUUGAAUCUGAAAGCUUGGGACCAUCAUUUUGCAUGGGUGGGAAAUUGGAGCUACCAGGAAAUGACAUUCUUUCAGAUGAGGAAUAUGAGAGUGAUGAUGAAGUACUUUAUAAAUGCACUGUUUCUCUGUAGUAAAUUUUUGUUCAUUAAAUUAAUGAAUUAAGUUCAAUUUAAUCUGCAAUAUCUCGUCCAAGUUUUUUGUCUUUAUGUCUGUAAUUCUGCUUUUAGUUGUUGUUAUAUUUGGAUUUUAUCCCUAAAUUCAUUGUUACACUACAAUGUGUGCACAAGCGCAUCCUCACUUUCCCACACUUGCAUAGACUAAUACAGCCAUAUAGACUUAUCUAUUUAUAAAGAUUGAUGAAAUUGGCUUCCUGUGAACUGUCUUUUGCUUUUGCAAUUUGGUUUUGUAAG